AUGGUCCCCUCCGCCAUAAAUUACGACGUCCGUUCUCCUACUCUAGGAGAUGAGAAAGAGAAGGACUACUCGUCAGCAGGUCCUUCCCCAUCCCCAUCGUUUUCACGCCUGAGGCCCGACUCCCUUGAGUCCCUUCGUAGUCUCCCUCUCUCCCUCUCGAUCUCCUUCACAGCGUCGCUCUUCCUACUCCUCUCCCCAACACGCAUCCACAUCUGGCCGCUGCCCCCUCCCUGCUCUUCCCCCCAUAGGUGGCGCCUUCGCAUCCAGGACCCUCCUCGCCGGUCGCUACCCCUUGGCGCUCCUUCCCUUCUCUCCGGCGGCCCCCCUUCUCAACUCAGUGUCCAGAUUUGUUGGUCCGAGCACAACCGCCGCCCGUCCAGGUGCAACCCCAAGACGUGCCACCAUCCGUCCAAGCAUGGCCCCAAGUCCGCCGUCGACGGAGGUGCCCUGUCACCGUCCCUGCUCUGCCUCGACGCAUGGGCGUCUAGAUCUACAGCAACGAGCACUCACAAGAAUAGAUAUGCAAGCAAGUGGCAGCACUGUUCUCAAACUUUAAGGUAUGAACAAAUUCGAGUGGACUAUGUGGCAGCAUUGCUCUUAGGCUCUAAAGGCAUGCACUGCUCAGUUUUGGAUGUUUUAUGAGGCUAUCUAUGGAUUGCGGCAAAAGAACCAAGGCGGUCAUGGUGGCUAUUUUCAUUAGUCAUGAAAGAUUUUGUUGUGCGAGCAAAUCAUCUGAGUUGUUGCUGUACAAGCCAACGUCUUAGUUUUGUAGGUACUUGAGUGUAGCUUGGUUAUUGCCUUAGUAUUUCGUGUGAAAUAUUGUACAAGUACAAAUGUUGAUUGUUUUAAUGAAAAUGAUGAGCAAUAUUUGUCAA